AUGGCGUCCAAUGAGAACUGGGGAGAGGCGACGUCUGGAUUGGAAGUGGCCAGAGUCUUCUCUGAUCAGAUUCGAGGAAAGAAUGUUGUGAUUACCGGUGUUGCGCCGGAUGGCAUUGGAGAAUCGACAUCCAUCGCCAUCGCAUCGCAGAAGCCAUCAGUGUUGAUCCUAGCAUCACGAACCAAAGAGCGCAUGACGGCUGUAGCUGAAAAGAUUGAAGCCUCCUAUCCUGGUGUCAAGGUGCGGGUAGUGGUUCUUGACCUUGCAUCCCAAGCAUCGAUCCGCAAUGCCGGCUUGGAAACGGCGGAAUUGGUGCCAAAGGUGGAUUUGCUCAUCAACAAUGCAGGGAUAUUCGUGAUGCAGUCGAGACAGUUGACCAAGGAGGGUCUCGAGAUUCAGUUUGGGGCAAAUCAUAUCGGACACUUCCUGUUUACAAAGCUUUUAUUGCCCCUUUUGAAGGCUGGGGCCAAAGAUUCCGCACCCGGUGCCACUCGAAUCAUUAACUUGAGCAGUCAGGGUCAUCGUCUCUCACCAAUUCGGUUCAGUGAUUACAACAUGGAGGGCAAACAGGUGCCCGCGGAGGAAGCCCCAGCGUCUCCAAUGCCCCCGGCGUUCGGGAGGAGGAUGCCAGAUGGAUACUUGCCUGUCAUAGCUUACGGACAGUGCAAAACUGCAAAUGUUCUGUUCAGCCUCUCGCUCCAGCAACGAUUGAAACCAUUUGGCAUAACCUCUUACGCUGUCCAUCCAGGUGGUAUCCACACACAGCUUGGCCGGGACGAGGACGAUGAACAUAGAGCAGCCAUAGCGAAGGGAAUAUCGUAUUGGAAAUCGCUCGACGAAGGAUCAUCAACAACACUGGUCGCGGCCUUGGACCCAAAGCUCAACGGCACGUAUGCCGAGCUUCCUUUCGCACCCUGUGGCUGA